AGGGGGGGGGAGGAAUAGGUUUGGGUUUUGUCAUUGUACUGAUCCUGCAGCUACAGAUAAAGCAAGACUGCCGUUAUUGGAGAAGAAAAAAAAAAACACAAGGAAAUCCUACUAAUCCCAUACAAGCAUUGCAUCUAUCUUCUACCUGGGAAAAGAGGCGCUGCAGAUCUUUGAAAUCAGAGAAAGACAUUUUCUAUGGAUCAAGGACGGGAUGACAGAAAGGAGGGUCACAGGGGCCUAAGCAAAAUCCUUAAUCAGAGGGAAUCCUAAAAGCAGGAUCCUAUUCACUACGGACGGUCCCUGCUGAGCCGGCUUUUUGUUUCAUUACCAUCCUGCAGAAUUUCUUAGAAUUACAGGUCCCAUCAGAGGGUGUACGCUUUCCCUUUAAUGCAAUGCCACAAUUGUUUCAAGCUGCUGCCACCUGAUCCUAUGGGGAAGCCGAAAAGAGAAAAGGUUAUUGUAUCACUAAUGGAGUCAGCGUUGCCAAAUUCUAUAUAACGGUGUUUAAACCUUUUUUUUUUUUUGCAAGGGGGGUUUUGGACCAUUGCCUCUGGACGAGAAACGACACACAAAGGGUUAAUCGAGAGCCUUACCAGGCCUCCCAUCCUAUUAAAAAUUAGGCAUGCACUUCUUCAGCACGCUAUACCGGCUGUCAAUUUUAAUUUCCUGAAUACAUUAUUCUGCUGGAUUGUACAGACCUCAUAUGUUCCACCUACUGCAAGCGCAUGUUCUAGAGAGAAUUCAGCUUCUGGGAAUAUCGGAUGCUGUGUAAGGCUUGUGCAUGUAUUAUUCACGCCAUAGUCUACAGAGAAGCUUAAGGAAGACUAACUUCUAAGAAUCCUGCUGAGAGGUGUAAAUUCCCCGCCUCUGUUUUGAAGGAGUUCAAAGCUAUCCGGAUAUGUGUGCAGCUUUGUGAAUUUCUGGCUGCUUGAUUUAGAAGGAUCGUGGCCUAAUUCUGCAGGGAUUAGUUUAGAGGUUGGAUAUCGACAGCAUCCCGGAGAAAGAGAAUUCUUGCCGAAGGAGCUAGCACGCAAAGUUGGAGCUCCUUUCCAUCUGUUCCACAUGGCCAACCCUGUUUCUAUUAAGACCCACCUGGGUCUAGACUAUUAGUUAUUCCCAAGGGUGUGUUCUUCAUCCUCCACUGCACUAACUACCACCUGGGCCUUUUUUGUGGCUGUCUUGUACACACUAAUGGAGACCAAACUUCCUGUCACUCCUACCAGUCCAUCCUCGCCAGGCUUGUCCCCUGUUCUGGCAGCCGAUAAGGUGGAUGGAUUUUCCAGACGUUCUCUCCGCCGCUCCCGCCAGCGUAGAUCACAUAGCUCUUCACAAUUCCGCUACCAGAGCAAGCAGCAGGAGCUGACACAGUUACCUCCUCUGAAAGAUGCUCCUGUUUCUGAACUUCAUGACCUAUUCUGUAAAAAGUUGCAGCAAUGCUCAGUUCUCUUCCAUUUUAUGGACUGUGUGGCCGACCUGAAGGGAAAAGAGAUCAAGAGGGCUGCACUGAAUGAACUGGUAGAAUGUAUUGCCACCAACAGGGGAGUCCUGAUAGAGCCUGUUUACCCAGAGGUUAUCAAAAUGAUCUCAGUGAAUAUAUUCCGCACACUACCGCCCAGUGAUAAUCCAGAGUUUGACCCUGAGGAGGAUGAGCCAAAUUUUGAGCCCUCCUGGCCACAUCUGCAGCUGGUGUAUGAAUUCUUCCUUCGCUUUCUGGAAAGCCAGGAUUUCCAGCCUUCGCUGGCCAAGCGAUAUGUGGACCAAAAGUUUGUGCUCAUGCUCCUGGAACUGUUUGAUAGUGAAGAUCCUCGUGAGAGGGAAUAUUUGAAGACCAUUCUGCACCGUGUAUAUGGAAAAUUUCUGGGACUUAGAGCAUAUAUCAGAAAACAGUGCAACAAUAUUUUCCUCAGAUUCAUCUAUGAGGCAGAGCGGUUUAAUGGUGUAGCAGAGCUUCUGGAGAUCCUUGGCAGUAUCAUCAAUGGCUUUGCUUUACCUCUGAAAUCAGAACACAAACAGUUUCUUGUCCGUGUACUGAUACCACUGCACUCUGCAAAAUCACUUUCUAUAUUCCACGCCCAGCUGGCUUAUUGUGCAGUUCAGUUCCUGGAGAAAGACUCCUCACUAACAGAGCAUGUAAUUCGAGGUUUGUUAAAGUACUGGCCCAAAACCUGCACUCAAAAGGAGGUAAUGUUCCUUGGAGAGUUAGAGGAAAUUCUAGAUGUCAUUGAACCCUCCCAGUUUGUGAAGAUUCAAGAGCCACUAUUUAAACAGAUCGCUCGCUGUAUUUCCAGUCCUCACUUUCAGGUUGCAGAGCGAGCACUUUAUUUCUGGAACAAUGAGUACAUCCUAAGUCUGAUAGAGGAAAACUGUCACACCAUCCUCCCCCUUAUAUUCGGCACACUCUACCAAGUCUCCAAGGAGCACUGGAACCAGACAAUUGUCUCCUUGAUUUAUAAUGUCCUGAAGACAUUUAUGGAAAUGAAUGGGAAACUCUUUGAUGAACUCACCGCAUCCUAUAAACUUGACAGGCAACAGGAGAUGAAGCGAGAAAAAGAUCGCCAGGAGCUUUGGAGAAAACUAGAUGAGCUGCGUCUUAAAAAGCUCAAUGGUCUAGAAGAAGCUCAGAUGAACCAGCUUAAUUUACAGCACAGCCGAGCGAGUAAAAGUUAGGAGACCCCCGAUCACCUUCCACUAUUUAACAGAAGACCACUGCAGCCAGUCCACACCCCCUCCUCCCCACAUUGCACACUUUGUUUAGAAUUCAUAAGUACCUCCUUCAGUGGGGGAAAAGCCCUAGCUCACACCGUGAUGCCAGUAUCAUUUAUAACAUAUGGGAUUAAAACAUUCCAGGGAUGUCUCCUUUUCAUGUUUUAGCAGUAUAUUUUCUUUUCCUGGGAGAGCAACACAUAUUGAAGCCUUGUCGGCAAACCACCAUAUGCCAUUCCAACUUAGCAACAGCAAAGACUUUUAGUAAAAGCCAUUAUGUGUCUAUGCCACUUUCUAUCUAUUCAUAUUAUGGAUUACUAUGAAAAAGGUUAUCAAGACUGGUUACUACAACAUCAAAGGCUUCCUGGGAAAAAAAAGAAAAGUUCUGUCACUUUCUGUCCAGUGGAAGUAGGGGCUUCUGGGAAGAUCCCUGCAUCUGUAACCCUUUGUGAAAGUUAAGGCUUCCGGGCAAGCCUGUCACUAAUCCACUUCAGUCAUAUUUUGACCAUGAAAGUAAAGGCUUCUGGGAAAGCCUUCUUAAUAUUCAGCAAUGGUCACUUUCUGUUUGUAAAAACAGAGGCUUCUGGAAAGGCCUAUGUCUCCUGUCUGUCAAUUUCUGUCUGUGAGAGCAGAGACUUCUGGGAAAGUCUCUCCACCAGUUACCUUUAUUCCGUCAAUAAGAGUCUGGGCUUCUGGGAAGCCAGUUCUGAACAACUCCUGUAACCGAAACCACCUCUGCCCCCCAUCCACACACAUCUCUCCUGGUUGUAGGAAACUAUCAGCUUUCUUACAAGCAAAAGAUUUAAGAAUAAUGGACAUGCAGAAAAACACCAUGCUGGAUUCAUGGGAGCAAAGACUUCAAGGUAGCCUGACCUGUCCUCUACUGCCCAUUGAUGUUCAUCCUACGAAUGCUCCAGGUCUGUAAAUGGGUUUGUUGACAGCGAUUGAAGAGAAGAUGAAGUGUACUUUCAGGAAAUUAGGAAACAAUUUACUUCUUGGGGUUCUUAGAUAUAAGCUGUGAUAAAGAAUUUUACCCAACAGUCAAUUACAGUACAGAUAAAAAUACAUUCCAUUGUCUAUUUGAAGGUGCCAUGGCAGUUAAUAAAAUAUAAUUACUGGCUGAAAAUGACAUUUCAAAGGCACGUUGUGGAAUAAUUUCAAGACAAAUGAUUGUGUUUAGCCAGUUGUGCUCCCAGUUUGCAUCUGGCAAACGUUUGCAUUACUCAGUGGCUGCAAACAAUUUUUCUGCAAGAAACCAUCAAUGGAAUAUCUUUGGAAUACAAACUGAAAUUAAAGAUACUUGUAAGGCAGUUAAAGUCUGAUGUGCUAGAUAAUGCUCUCACAAACACCAAAAGUUUUUGCCUAUUACUAUUUGAGAGAUCAGCAGAUUCUAGUUUCCUAACAAUAUAUAGAAAGUACCUUAGUCAGCAGGACCUGUUUUAAAAUUUGGUAGAUUUAGAUGUUGAUAGAAAACUAAAGACAUAACGAACAAUUGUAACUGUCUGAGGAAACAAAGGACUGAGCCGUGAAGCUGGAGAUAUGCCUUUUAGUCGUCCAAUUAGCAGCUGCGUGCUACCUAUAUUUGUAGAUAAAACUCCAGUUUAUUAUCAGUCUGUUGUACUCUAGAACUGGGUUUUUGAAAGGAAGUUAGCAGAAACAAAUGUUGAAUCACAGAUUAAUGGGACGUACUCUGAUUUUGUUGAAGAGGAUCCAAAAGCCAAAAAACUUGUCUUUCAGACCUUUCCAAAACAUUGCAGAAUAUGGUUCUAUAAAAAGAGGUCUUACUUGCUCACUAUGCAGAACUGCAGUACACUCAGAAUUGUUCUUGCUGUCAUGUAAAACGUCCUUCACGUGGUAUCGGAGAACAGAAAAUGCUCGUAAUGAGGGUAAGCCCAACAAAAAUUAUUUUACGUAGAUGACACAAUCAAGCAACUCUCAAAGACAACUUAUUUCAGGAUUUAACUUUCACCAAAGGACUCUGGGAAAAUUGAAUCAACUAAACUCAUAAAAGAAUUUGAUUGUCUUGAAAGACAUUUUCAUUAGAAUCCAGUUUGGUUCCAAGUGAUACCUAAAAUAACUCCAAAACACUUCAACAGAAGAAAGAAUAUGCUGCUUUUUUAGACUGCAGCUUUCCAUUGCAAUACAACAGGAGAUAAAAUUGUACUGCUCUUCUUUACGUAUGUGUGUGUGUGGGGGGAACACUGAUCCUCUUAUUAACGGUAUAAAUCAGCCUAUUCUCAAAGAGUAUAUAUAAAUAUAAAUAUAUUGUGUGCAAUGUUUUCAUUUUUAUUUUUAUUUUUUUAAACAAUUAUUUAUGGUAUUAUUAUUUAUUUCGUAUUUAAUAUGGUCAGCGUUGGAUUUGUUUAGUUCACAGAGGGAAAAGGGAGGAGUGGGGUGAAUAUGAUAUGUAACCUGUUCACUGCUGAAUUAAAUGCUGGGUCUCAGAAAUAUGUCCUGUCUUUAUGUCUAAACUUUCUGGCAACCUAUAUUUAUACAGGCAUUUAGUUAUUAGGUUGUAAAAAGAUGUAGGUUCACCAAGGUUGACCAUUCAGUUUCUGCUAUUUUGACUACAGUAUGUUUUGCAUGACUUUUCUUGCUAAGUAAAAUGAGGGUAAUUCCA